AUGAAAGAAGAUGAUGGUAGAGUGGUCCGGAGGUCUUCUGGACACUCAAACGAACCUGCUAUUCAAGUAAUAUGCUUAGGCUCUGGGGGUGGACCAAGCGAAGACAACGUCACUGGCUUUCUAGUAAGGUCGACCGCAACACAGUGGGCGAAAAACUCCGUCAUUGCUGUAGAUGCAGGUUCCCAUCUCGCAUCCAUCACCCGCAUAUUAGCGAAGGACUUCCCGCUCGUCUCCGAACCGGACCCGCCUUUACCGUCAUCUCGGAACGGUAACGCCAACAGCAAUGGAGCUUACGACCAUUCCGAAUCGCCGUCGCCAGGUGCCGCGCCCGUCUCACCUUCAGAUGACGAAUCCGAGGCUGACACGCCAAACUCUGAGAGAGAUCUGCCUGUCACCAUCACGACACUCAAGCAUGGUCUCGUGACCUUCCAGAGACUUGCAGAAGGCGAAGUCUCUUACACAAACGCGCAGUCCGACGCCGUCCUAUUCGGCCACCUAGCACCCAGGCAUUUGCUCGAGGAACUGUGCGCACUUGGCGACAUGGUCAAGGAGCGCAAGAAGGAGACAGAGCGGGAGAAAGAAGAAAAUCGGACAAGAAAGAAGAGAAAGCGAGCCAGUAACACCUUGCAACUGGAUGGUCUAGGAGAAAAAGACCGCGGCAAACGUCUCGGUGUCCCCAAAGGCAUCGACUCCCCCAUCUCCUCCACCAACCAAAACAUCAAUAACAUCAGCAACGACGACGACGUCAUGAGCGAUUACCCCACAUCCCACGGCGACACGGGAACGCAUACGCCCAACCCACUCCACUCCUCGCACCACCAACACACCUCUGACCCUCAUGCUUCCCACCCUUCAGCCCCCGCAGCGCUAAACCUCUCGUCCGUAUCCGCGGAACACAGCCGCGCCAUGCUCUCUGCGGCGUUUGACUCACCGCUGAAAGGCGUAAAAGUGGUGAUUAUACAUGUCAAAGAUACGUUUGCGGAUGGGCCGCUGGUCGGCGAUCAGAUUCUGGAGGAGUUGAGGGAGGGAGAAGCCACAUUGCAGGAGCAGGGUAGGGGGUUGGGUUGUCAGUUUGAAAUCAGUGUUGCCGGGGGGAGUUAUUGGUUUUAG